CUCCGACCUGUCGACUCGAAUCUUUAUUCGAGUUAUUUCGAUUUUGCUUAUCAUGCCGUUCUAAUAGCGUCUCCAAGAAAGGAAGUUUGGGAAACAGUUCGGUCACCGGAAAGUGUGGAAAUAAAACGCCCCGGUGGUCUGAUUAGCUCUCCGUCCUCUGCCUCCGUUUCUUCUAUCGACGGCGUAAUUCGCUUCUGCCCAUUGAUUGCUGUUCCCCUGAAUCCCGCCACAGUCAACGGAGCCAAAUUUCCGUGUUCUUAUCGCUUACUAGCCAGUUGACAUCCGGUGACGGAGAUAGAGGGGAUUCUAGCAAUUUGAGGGUCCCGUUUAUUCAUGUCUCGCUUCUCUUCCGAGUAUAACUAGGGCAGCCCUCGGGUAAAGACGUGAAGAGCUACUAAACUAACUCCUCAAUCGAAUGCCAUUUCCAGUUGUUGGCAAGCACAAAUUAGAAAGAUGGAUUCGUCGCAGAACAUGACCGAAGGAAAUGGUGGUAAUGGCUCAUUAUCUGCACAGGCGAAUGAUACUGCUACAGCAAAUGCAUCAGCCAAUGAUCCAAAGGAGAAUCUAAACCAGGUUAUAAACUCCAUCCAGAAGAAUCUUGGCCUCAUCCACCAGCUUUACCUCACCGUGUCCUCCUUCAAUGCUGCCUCCCAGGCUCCUCUACUUCAGCGGCUGGGUUCUGAAUUGUGCAGCAACGGCCUCAUUACCGAGCUAGAUAAUAUGGACAAAUUGGCUGAGAAGUGCAAUAUACAGGUUCCAAUGGAGGUUCUUAAUUUGAUUGAUGAUGGGAAAAAUCCAGAUGAGUUCACACGAGAUGUCAUAAACAGCUGCAUUGCCAAAAACCAGGUUACCAAAGGGAAAACUGACGGCUUUAAGGCUCUACGUAAGAAUCUCUUGGAAGAACUAGAGCAGGCUUUUCCUGAUGAAGUUGAAUCAUACAGGGAAAUACGUGCGAUUUCUGCUGCUGAAUCGAAACGCCUUGCUCAAGCACAAAGUUCAUUGCCAAAUGGAGACGUGAAGGUUAAGCCCGAGCUUUGAGGUUGAUGUUGGUGAUGAAUAACUGUCAUCUUCCUUCAGUUCUGUUUUUUUUUUUUUUUUUUUUACUUUCUUUCCUUUUGUUUCUUCUUCUCUGCAUUGUUACCUUAUAGAUCUGAUACUGUUCUUUAACUAAAUAGGAAUGUACUUAACAGAAAAUUUUAGGCUAGUGAUGUUGAGAAUUCAGGGGGAUUGGCGAUGAUAGUAAUGGUGGUGUUGUAACUCUUUGGUGCGACUUCCUGAUGGAUUAGUGACUAGUACUGUGUUUUGAGUACGACGAUUCUAUAGGAUCCUUCAUUGGAUUGGUAGGGUGUUGUUAUGGGU